AUGCGUUUCUCGCUUCUUCAUCUCCUCUGUCUUCUCCCAAGGUUGCUAGCGGAACCCACUUCAUCUACCGGGGCUGCUACUCGAUCUGUUCCUCACAUUCCUCACUCUUCCUCCUCUCGCCGCCCACACUCGUCGUUUAGUACAUCUUUUCGCACACCCAUUCACACGCGCCCAACCUCGGCCGUUCAUUCAUUCAGACCAACUCAACCACCAAUACCCAUCCACACGGAAGAUCCCCUUCACGCUGUGCACCCUCACCGUUCUUCCCCAGCAUCUAUUGCCAUCAUCUUUGAAGUUCUUGGUGGAAUCAUUGCGUUCGGUGUCAUCGUAUCACUCACUCGAUGUUUCUACAUAUACAAGAGAACGCCGAAGCGGGAUCGAAUAGCUGAGGUUCUUAACAGGCAUCAUCUUCAACGAGAAUUGGCAGAACUGGGGCGUAAUCCAGUUAUUAUCCGCCACCCGUCGCUUCGUGAACCUGCACCACCUUAUUGUCCCCGUCCUCCUUCCUACGACGCAGCUCUCACAGCCCCGGUGUCUCCUCCACAACAAGCAGAAUACGAGGAACUGGGUACCAGUAGCCCCCCUCACUCACCUCAUUUGCUCAGGAGGAGUUUGGAGAGCACACCACCAGCCCACGCAGGGCCUUUGUCGUCCUACAACUCUACUACUGGUGAAUGCAUGAAAGAAACCCACAGUCAGGCAAUGCAGUUUGCGCCUUGCGCAUUCCCAGCAUCAAAGAGGUUCAGCGAGUCCCGAGGAAAGAACAGCACAGGCAGGAGGAAUCACAUUCUCGAAAAGGAAAUUCGUGGGACAUUGCAGAACGGAUGCGCGUAG